AUGUGGUCGGAAAACAAUGAAUGCAAUAUGGGUGUAGUGUUCGACGAGCGAGUAGCUUACAACGAAAACAAUGAGAAGUAUCUCCGCCUUCUCGUGAAGUGGAAGCAGCCGUUUGCAGUUGAAUCAGCUGACUGCAGCAUGAUUUCUACUCUACGAUCAGCAAGGUAUUUCUCUGCAACUCGCGUCGUGCGAUCUUUGACGGCGGAACAAAUUUUUGCUCGAGAAGACAAAUAUGGCUGCCAUAACUAUAAACCACUUCCGGUGGCUCUCGCUAAAGGAGAAGGUGUUUUCGUUUGGGAUGUGGCAGGCAAGAAAUACUAUGACUUUCUCGCUUCUUACUCAGCCGUUAAUCAAGGACACUGCCACCCUCGAAUACUUGCGGCAGCCGUGAAGCAAAUGCAACAACUCACGUUGACUUCACGGGCAUUCUUCAACGAUGUACUUGGAGAAUAUGAAGAGCUUAUGGCUAAGAAAUUCAAAUAUGACAAAGUGUUGCCAAUGAAUACAGGUGUGGAGGCGUGCGAAUCGGCAGUGAAACUCGCUCGCCGAUGGGCAUACGACAAAAAGAAGGUGGUAUUCGCAGAAGAUAAUUUCUGGGGUCGUUCUAUUGCCGCCGUUUCUGCGUCGACGGAUCCAGACUCAUAUGGUGGAUUCGGUCCAUUCGUGCCGCUGUUUGAGAAAGUCCCAUACAACAAUCUUUCAGCACUUGAGAAAGCUAUUUCCGAUCCUAAUACAGCUGCAUUUAUGGUAGAACCAAUCCAAGGAGAAGCUGGUGUGGUUUUGCCUGACGACGGAUACCUUAAGGGAGCAGCCGAUUUAUGUAAGAAGUAUAAUGUGCUGUUCAUUGCUGAUGAAGUGCAAUCGGGAUUGGGAAGAAGUGGAUACCUUCUGGCCCAUUAUCACGACAAGGUCCGACCAGACAUAGUGAUUCUCGGAAAGGCCCUCUCUGGUGGUGUUUAUCCGGUUUCUGCCGUGCUAUGUGAUGAUCACAUCAUGCUAAACAUAAGGCCGGGGCAGCACGGGUCAACUUAUGGUGGUAAUCCUGUAGCAUGUCGGGUGGCCAUUGAAGCUCUAAAGGUAAUUGACGAUGAAAAAUUGGUGGAGAAUUCAGCGGCCAUGGGUAAAUUAUUGAUGGAAAAGUUGCGGACUCUCCCGAAAGAAGUUGUGCCAGUUGUUCGUGGGCGUGGACUGUUUUGUGCCAUUAUUAUUAACAAGAAGUUCAAUGCUUGGAAAGUAUGUAAUCGACUGCUUAAAAAUGGGUUAUUGUCAAAAAAUACUCAUGGUGAUAUCAUCCGAUUCACUCCACCUCUUUGCAUAACUAAGGAUCAAAUUGAGGAGUCAUCCGAAAUCAUUGUCAGGACAAUCCACGAGGUGGCAGCUGAGUACAAGUCGACAUAA